AUGUUUGGUCUAAAGCACGCCGGUAACGGAAGUGGUAGAGAUCCACUGGUGUAUUUCGACGUUCGUGUAGAUUCUCCUUACAAAGAUUUGGUGCUCAUCAGCGGAUCACCUUUAGAAUCAAAUCCAGUCUCAAUGAGUGGUAGAGUGCUAUUUUCGCUUUCACAGGACAUGCUGGUUAAGAGAGUAACAUUGAAGCUGACUGGUAAAUUCAAGCUGGAUUUCUUACACAUGGGACGAGACAAGAAGCGAUCCGGGGUAACCAGUAUCGUAAAGGAUCAGAGGACUAUCUUUGAGACUCGGUGGGAGAACUUACUUGUGUCUUCGAAGGGAAACACCGUAAUCGGCAAUGACACUAACUACGUUGCAGAGACCGGUCAUCGAGAAUCGGCCAAGAGAUCCCUGUCUAGUCCGGUAGUGAGCCGCCUAAUCAAGAAGACAACAGAUCACAUACUGGAGUUACCAACAAAUGGAGUCUCUGGCACCCCCUACAAAGAUCUGUACUCUGCCCCGUCGUACGUGUUCCAUCUUCCGAAGGGCAACUACGACCUUCCUUUCCAGAUCCUACUCCCAAGUGAGGUUCCCGAGACUGUCGAGGGACUGCAAAGUGGAUCGAUCUUGUACAGUUUUGAAGCGCGCAUCGAAAGAAAGCGUAAGUCGAGUAGCAUGACUUCCUUACUCAAAGAAGACCUAGAUGCUCUGCACCAGAAUCACGGCCCGCUGACCUCCUACAAGUACCUGAGGAUAUUCCGCACCUUAUCUCCAAACGACAUGGCUAUUCAACAAGAAAUCAGAGUUGGCGGCACCUGUAAAGACAAAAUUCAGUACGAAGUGAGUAUACCAAGCAAAGCUAUUGCAAUUGGUUCUACAACGCCCAUCCAAAUCAAACUGUUUCCAUUUCAAAAGGGCUACGUCCUCAAGAAGAUCAACGCAUCGCUACUACAGUUUUUUGCAGUGCGCGACAGCACCGGCCAUAUCUACGACGACCAAGUAGUCACUACCAGGCAAUCAAUGACUGAGUUCACCGAGUUUAUUGACAACCAAGAAGGGCUUCUAACAGAUGUCACAGAAAUAUCACCGAUGUUUGCAAUACCAGACAAUCUGAAAAAAAUCACACAAGACUGCGAUUUGCGCGCCGGACUGAUCCAGGUUCGACAUAGGCUUGCCAUUACGAUCAUUCUACACAGUAAAACCACAGACAAGAACCUUGAAAUCAAGGCAGCAAUACCAGUGCUCCUCUACAUCUCACCUCUUGUCGUAACGAAAGGUAGAUUGGUACUGUUUGACAACUCUAAUGGCAACAUCCACUUCCGCUCGGGCGAACUGGUCGCGCUGUUCCACAGCACCGCUACCCCCGCCGCUUCCGGCCCCGCCACUCCACCUGCCGGUGCAGCUGCUGUAAGCGCCCCGCCCAAUUAUCACCAGCGGGUUAAGGAUCACUUGGUAAACAGUGAAAACGUGCAGCAUGACGCUCAAGAUUGGCAGCAGGAACUGCCGGCGGCUUCGUCGAUCACAGCGCUCUUUGACAUGACGCCAGCAGCCUCGGUGGAGGUCCCCUCGUACGAACAAAGCAGCUGGCAAGUUAUCUCGCAGAAUGACGAGCCGCCCCCGAUCUGGAAUUAG